UUGUACUCCGAAUGCAACCUGCGCCUAAAUCGGUAACCACCAUGCCACGUAACUGGUCAGGAAACAAAGUUUCCAUCCUUUGGUAUCACCAUAACGAUGAUCUCACUAUAAGGAUCACCCAGUUCCUCGAAAAACGAUUUCCUAAUAUUUGAAAAUGAAAGUAACGCCACUUACAUGGCACAACUCAUUUCUUUUCCUAAGUUUACUGACAGCAAUCCAGACUGAGCUCUCUCAAGCGGCUUUCAAGGAAGACAAAACAUCUAAAACGACAGGUAAAAGUCACCAACAUCACAAGACGGACGUGAAGAAGGAAAAACGUUUCAUGAACGAGCAUUUUCCGAAAGGAAGAGUUGUUUAUUCUUUCGUGACGGAUAGGAACCGAUACUUGGCAAGAAGGCCGCACCUGUAUCGAGCUUUCGUUGUUCGAAGUCCUUUAAGAGUGCAACAAUCGACAGAAAACGCAAAUGGGCGUCAAAACAUUCCUUUCAUGGAGGUGGAACCUACAUAUCAUCAACCGUUUGUAAGAGUUCGUCCCAUUUCGCGACCAAUUUACUACUUACAAGAUACACCUGAUGAACAAGAAGCAGAGUUCGAGGAUCCUUUGAAUGAACCUGUUGCUUUGAUGCCUGAGGAAUUUCCAGUAAAUCUCGACAGCUGCCGUCCCAAUCCGUGUUAUAAUGGAGGACGGUGCAGGAGACUCAGACAUGGAAGAUUUAGAUGUGUAUGCCAUAGAGGAUAUGGCGGCAGAUUAUGCAAUGUACUACGAACAAAAUGCAAACCGAACCCUUGCAUGAACGGGGGAACCUGCACUCAGCUAAAUGGGGGCUUCGAGUGCACAUGUUCAUUUGGCUACAAAGGCGAAACAUGCAGUCAGGAAGCCAAGUGUGGAAAUAAUCCGUGCCAAAAUGGAGGCUCAUGCACCGAGUUGGACGCCGAAUUCCAGUGCAGCUGUGCUCCGGGGUAUCGUGGCAAGAAAUGUCAAGAGAUAAGCUACUGCUAUAAAACACCCUGCAAAAAUGGCGGAACUUGUACUGAAACAGACACUGGUUUCGAGUGCAUUUGUCCAUCACAAUGGAAUUGUGUCGACUGCAGCUGUAGCGCUGUUACCGGUGUAAAGCAUUCUCUGGAUAACUGUUUUCCAAACCCCUGCCAAAAUGGUGGCACCUGUUUUUCCACUCAUGAUGGGUUCAAAUGUCUCUGUAUGCAAGGUUACAAGGGAAAGUCUUGUGAAGUGAUCGAAUAUUGUAACACCGAACCAUGCCUUAAUGGUGGAACAUGUAAAGAGACAGCAACGAGUUACAUCUGCCUUUGUAAAAGUCGAUUUCGAGGAAAAAACUGCGACGUGGAGAACCAUUGCCGACCAAAAAAUCCAUGUCAUAACGACGGUCUAUGUGUAGAACUGGAAGAUGGUUAUAAAUGCAGGUGUAAGAUCGGAUAUCGCGGAGUCAACUGCGAAGAAAAGGAAUAUUGCAUUCCAAAUCCCUGCAAAAACGGGGGAACCUGCACCGCUGAACAACAAGGAUAUAUGUGCUCAUGUCAGCCUGGCUUCAGAGGGGAAACAUGUCAAAUUCAGGAAAUGUGCGCCUCCAAUCCAUGUCUGCACGAAGGAACAUGUAUAGAAAUGGAUAACAAUACAUUUAAGUGUCUCUGCAUGGCAGGGUGGAAAGGAGAACACUGUCAUGAUAAGGAUCUUUGUAUUCCAAACCCAUGCAAGAACGAGGGUCAUUGUGAAGCACACGGAUUCUCUUUCCAGUGUCACUGCGCCCUUGGCUUUAAGGGAAAGAGUUGCGAGGCAAAGGAUCCUUGCAGUCCGAACCCAUGUCACCAUGGUGGCCACUGUCUUAGCCAUGGUGAAGUCGAUUAUGAGUGUGAAUGUGGAAGAGGAUAUACCGGAUUAAAGUGUGAGAGAGUAAACCCUUGUUACCCAAACCCUUGUAAAUAUGGAGGAACUUGUCAACUAACAACAGAUAGUUUCACGUGUAAUUGCCCUGUUGGAAGAGUUGGAGAAUUCUGCGAAGGUAGCAAACCAUUUCUACCAUUAGUUGAGCUUGGGUGA